AUGUUAUCCGCCUUUAUACUUGAAAACGCUGCUUAUGCGGCAGAGACAGCCCAGCCGUGUUGCAGCAUCAGCGCCUGCAGUGGCUGCGGGGACCAGGCCGGCAUCUCGUCUGGUAAUCUCGGAGCUGGAAUAUUUCAAGGCACGCUCUGGCACAGCCUCCCUAUCCUGUUGCAGGAACGGCAUAAACUUGCUCCCCAGCUACAGCCGGCGCUAUUCUAUCGGGGCAUCUCUACUACGUCAAACACACUGUACAAGUUCGAUUCCCACCUAACUCGCUACAACAAGGCAAAAGUGGUCAACAGAGACAAUUUUCAGCGCUUUCGCGACAGUGGUCGGGAUGCGCGGGUAGCUGCGGACAUUCUGCGCGAAGGCGAACACCAGGAGCGGCGGGGUAGUGGUGGCGGUUGGGGCCGCGGAGGGAGGAGUCGCAGCGAGGCGGAUGAAGCGCUGUUGGAGCUGCGGUCCAUGGUGCACGACUGCCGGGACCUACGAGCGAUGCAGGUGUUGGUCCGCGAAUGUGCCAACGACCUGGACAUCUACAUGGUGUGCAGCGUGCUGGGCAGGCUGCCACAACUGAAGCGGGACACCCCUGAGGCAGCGGCUCCCGAGGCCCUGGCACGUCGUGUGGCCGAGAUGCUGGUGACACGCCUGGAGCCCCUCAUCCCGAACAGCGCCCCAUCCAACCUGGCUCACGCGCUAGUCGGCCUCGCCACGUGCGGUCUGGUGCCGCCGCGGUCGCUGCUGACGGCAGUGGCCUCGCGCCUGGCCGCUGCCGGACCCCACGGCGGUUCCGCUGCGGCGGAGGCGGACGCCAAGGCGGUCUCCAAGCUCCUGUCUGCGACGGCCAAGUUGAUGGAGUUGGCAAAGCAACAGCAGGGACCGCAACGGCCAGCUGCUUCUACUACUACUGGUGUUGCUACGGGGGGGAAUGAUGCUGAUGAUGGCGAUGUUGGCAAGGGGCAGGGGGAGGGAGAAGAAGUAGGGGGUGUGGGGGAGGUGCUGCGGUCGCGGCUGUGGCCAUUGCUGCGGGCGGCUGCCGAGGUGAAGCUGCUGCGGGCUCUGGGAGAGGAGCCUCCUGGCGGGGGCGCUGGAACGCUGCGUCGGCGCCAUGGUGGGGUGGAGGAGGUGGAGGACGAUUCGAUGCCCCAGACCGCCCUUCGUUUCAUUUGCAUGUCUCUGGCGCUGGCGCGGGAGACACAUCCCGGCACCUGGACCGCAGCUGGGCGCUUGGCGGCGCGCCAUGCGGCGGAGCUGCAGCCCGCCGUCGCCGCCAGCGUCCUCCGGUCGUACGCCAUGGCCGGUGGCGCAUCGGUCGACGGCGGCAAGGCGCGGCUAAUGGAGGCGGUGUGGGAUGCGUUGGGUCGGCAGGUUGAGGGCCUUGAGGUGUCGACUCAGCUAGACUUACUGAUUGCCGCGCUGAAGUUGGCGGCGGCGAAGGACGCUGGUAGCGGCGGCGCCGCCGCCCAAGCGAGCGCCGCGGCCAAGGCGGUGCCGGUGCUAUGCGGUCUGCUGACGGCUCGGGUUCCCGCUCUCAACGCAUCAGACGCUUCCCAUCUGAUCAUCGCAUUGGCAGAGCUGCACACGAAGACCGUGGCGGCGGCGGCGGCGGCAGCAGCAGCCGCAACAGCAGGUAGCGCCAAGACGGCGGCGACGCCAACUGCAUGGCAGAGGCACUCGUACGGCACAUUGCCAAGGCUCUUGGCGGAUCUGUUGGUGUUACGCGGUGUUUCUGGUUUCGGAGCGUCCAAGUUUGCCUCAGCAGCGCUGGGGUUGGGCCUGAUGGGCUAUGCAGACCCAGCCUUCUGGCAGCAGGUGUCGUCGUCGGCGGCGCCGGAGGUGCCGCGCAUGGACGGCACGACGCUGAGCCGAUUGCUAGGUGCAUUCCACAACGCCGCCUUGGCGGCGGAGGCGGCGGAAACCGGUGGAAGCCCCGGUGCCGCCGGCGUUGCGGUCGUACCGGGACCGGCGCUGUUGGCGGCGGCACACGCACGCAUUCGGUCGCUAUUGGAUUGCGGCGAGGCGCCUCUCCUUACCGGCAAGGCGCUGUUCCACCUGGUUCGUGCAGUGGCGGAAUGGCCAUUGCCAGAGGACGGCGGCUUGGCAAUGCUCCGCGCGCUGUCGGACAAGCUGCUCGCGGAUGAUACAACUGUCGCCACUGGGGAGGUGGCGACGGCGCCGGCGGCGGUACGGCAGCGGCUGGUGGCGGCGCUGCGGCGUGCCGGUCUGGGCGAGCAUACGCUGGUCACGCGGCUGGCCAGCAGCGUAGGGCAAUAACACGCUAGAGCUGGUUUUGUCGGGGGAAUAGGGCUUACAUAACGACAUUAAAACAGUGGACGUGGGGAACCGACAAUUGUGGGGAGGGAUAAUUGAUGGAACGCGGCCGAGGGCUACGCAUGUUAAGACUACAGCUUUGUUUUUUGAUAACGGUGGCAUCGACGAAAUGUUUCAUUCACGCAGUGGCAGCGCUGUUGAAGAGGAAAAUCAUAAACACCACGCGUCGCAGCUCUCAGGCUGCAAAACAUGUCGAUGCCGAUCGAGUCAAAGAUCGACGACGAAAAGAAAAACCGGGUUAUUGUGACCCGGAGCAGUUUGGCAUAACACUGGGCUGUCAGAACAAACACAUACGAAGACCUCACUCGUGCGGAAAGGACUAGUAGUUUGUUAGGCUGAUAUUUUCUUAUCCUGGCUAUGUAUGGCUAGGUGCAAAAUGCAUUCCGUCUG